ACUGACUCUGCAAACGAUAGAUCAGUGUAGUCGCUUUUGUUCAGUGGUGAAGAGGUACACAGUAGUACAACACUCGCACAUCACAUCAAAUUAUCGCAAUAGUAGCGAUAAAAAAAAUUAAUAUUAAUAUUUCGUACUCAAACACUCGACGUACAAAAUGAUGAGCAAAUUUGCAGUCGCAUGCCUGUUCUUGGUGGCAGCGCAAGCCGUGUACGGACACCCGACCGCCGAUGACACUCCAGCCGCCCCCGUUGCCGACGAGGCAUCCGGUCUGGAAAAGGUGUACAAGGUAAUGCAAGAUUGCUCCGAAAAGAACAUGGCCACGUGCUUGAAAAUGCGAGCUUUGCAAUACGUCGACCGGGCGUUGCGCAAGAGCGACAGCAUCGAUGUCUUCGAAGGCAUUUCUUUGGUUAAAUCCGAACCCGUCGAGUCCAGCCGAGGCUUGAACGGCCGAUCGCUCGCCGAAUCCGAACUCGAAGAAGCACAGCCCAAGGACGAUGACGAGAAAGAUACCCAAGUCGAGAACCUCUUGUUGGAUCGCGUCGCCCGUUUCUUGGAAAGCCACACCCUUCAACUCAAGGUCCCAGAAUCGUCCAUCUCUGGCAUGAGGAGAUCCCUCGAUGAAGCCCGUGGCAAGAAGAAGAAGCACCAAAAGAUGUUGAUGCCAUUGUUGAUGCUCUUGAAGAUGAAAGCUAUCGCCCUUGUCCCAUUGGCUAUUGGUGCUCUUGCUUUGUUGGCAUUCAAGGCUCUCGUCGUCGGUAAGCUCGCCCUUGUCUUGGCCGUCAUCAUCGGAAUCCAAAAAUUGUUGGCCAACAGCAAGAGCCAACAAUCCUACGAAGUAGUGUCUCACCCACACUACACCGAGGAACACGGACACCACGGUGGAUACAGACGAUCCCUAGAAGGACAAAACGCCCAAGACAUGGCAUACCGUGGUCAACACUAAUGCCACCAUCGCCAAAAAACCAUCCCCCUCUAUAGCGUGCUCCCCCUUAGUUAAUAUCACCCUUGCCCCCUUUGCUCCACGUUGCCAUUACCCAACGGGGAGAUAUUUAUUUGUAAAUAGUUUGAAAAAUAAUAUUCCCCCCCAUAGGAACGAAAUAAUUUAUUUUAAUAUUAAUUUUUUUUUAUAAUAUAUUUAUAUAUUUAUACAUCUGAUCGUAUUCUACUGUGCAAUUCAAUUUUUCUUUUCUCUAUCUUACUCUCACCGUCAUUGAUAAACGUACUUGUCCGCCUGCGUUUACAAAUCGAUUUUCUCGUGAACUUGUACAUAAAUAUAUAUAUAUUAUAUUAUUAUACUACGCGUAUAAUAUAUACAAUUAUAUAUAUAUAUGUGUGUGUGUAUACAUAGCCACAGCUACGUGUAAUAUCAUUAUACGACAUCCGUACACUGGAGGCGACUAAACUAUACGACGGCGGUCAAUAACGGGUUCUGCUUAAUCACUUCGGGACAAUGAUCGCACACAACACAUAUAACAAAACGUUUUACUACCAUAUACACAACUAUUUAUAUAUAUACGAUUAUUAUUUACCCCGGGCGGUCGGUUAAAAAUACAGAAGUUAACCUAGUGACACACACACAUAUACACACACACAUACACUCUCGCGCGUGUGUGUGUGUGCAUGUGAGAGUGUGUUCGCCGCUCGUGUGGAGAUAUAGGUCGGCCGGAGGAGAGAAGAAGAAUUAUUACAAAAAAAAAAAAAAAACAACUAUUUCCAAAACUGGUUUUGUCUAUAAUAAAUACGAAUAGAAAUUGUUAGAAAUCUAUUCUUUCUAUAUUAAUCACGAUCACCACAACCUUCCGCCAUCACUAACGAUAACCACGAUCACAUACACUGGCUACAGCAUCAAAACUUUGACCUUAUCUAUACGAGACACCGACCAACGACUACACAAGUGACCAUACGCUUAGGACUAGUAUUUACUUCUUCCUGUGUGUGUAAAAUAAUAUUAUUAUUAUUAUUAUUAUUAUACUCACAUACACACACACUCACACUCACUGAAAACUGGCACGAUGACUUACUCGGCUGCUGUGGCUCUUCCCGAUCAUACAAAACCCGUACAUACCAAUAUAAAACCGACCGUUGGCUAAAGACUACUUUUCACUUGACCGGAAACAUUGUUGAUCCCAAACUAUAAUAUUUUAUUACAUGGUUUAUUUUUAUUAUAUGUUGUUAUGUUGUGUCAUUUUUUAUACCAUUAUUAUGUUAUACUUAUUGUUUGUACAUCGAAGACUUAUCUAUUUAUUACGUACUUAAAUAAAACCGAUUUGUUUGUAAUAAAUCCACUAUUUUUUUCUAAACUCAGUUUGACUCGCCUUGACUUGACUCUAUUUGACUUCACCAGACUUGACAUUACUUACUCGAAUGUGCCAUCGUCCACCUCCUCUCAAAUAAUAUAUAAUAAUAAUUUUUCUUGUUAUCCACCUAAAGAAAUACAUAUAUUAUACCGACUGUUAUUAAUUUAUGCAACUUUCAAAUAUUAUUAUUUAUUUGUUUUUUAUUUAAUGAAAUAAACUUAUCAGAGAUUCAUUUUUAAAA